AUGCGAGAAAAGGCUUCUAACGACCUGGACAGGCUUGUUAAAUCCGGAGUACUGUCCCUGGUGGACCCGGAGUUGGCGACGCCGAGAGUUCCGGUAAUGAAGAAACACGGAACAUUUGGCUUGUGUGGCGAUUACAAGCUAACGGUAAAUACCAGCUGUGUGACAGAGCAGUACCCACUACCGGUAAUCAAUUACCUUUUUGCUGCACUGCACGAGGGUGACAUUUACAACACAUUGGACCUUCGAGACGCCUACAACCAGGUUCCCCUGGAUGAGCAGUCAAAGAAGCUGACGGCCAUUAACACACAUCGGGGAUUAUUCUGCUUUAAUCGCCUGCAAUUUGGUGUGCCUUCUGCCUCAGCUAUCUUCAAGCGAAUAAUGGGCAGCGUCCUGAACGGGUUGCCGGGAGUCCAGGCAUGCUUGGACGGCGUUCUGUUUGCCCAGGAUGGCGGCGGAAAGAACCUCGAGGCAGUUCUCCAGCGCUUUCGAGAGUACGGAGUCAAGCUAAGGAAGGACAACUGUACCUUCAGGAUGCCUGAGGUUUAG